AUGGCUGAUGAACACAGGACUGAGCUGAAUUCAUCAUUGAAACACAUCACCAAUCGGGUAGAUCCUCUGCCUAUCCUUGUAUCCUUGGUCACCGACAGUAGCGCGGCUGCAGAGCAAGCCGACGUUGACAACGCGACGGGAACGCACAUUCUGCAGGAGCCAUCUGAUGGCCAAAAACCAUUGCCAGAUACUCUUGCAGAAAGAAUACACGACUUAGAUUUGAAAGAGGAGGAACACAAUGUUGCCUCUACGACAGAACCUUCCUUACCGACCGAUCCAGAUACCAUAAUCGCACCUGAACAGCAAACUAGUCAAACCAUAGUCGAUGUCGACUUAGCCCGACCUUGCAUACCAGGUCGCAAGUCGAAGAACAAGCGUGUGUCCAUCACACGACCACAAGGUGUUUCCAACGAAUCCAUCCGCGGCAUCCCGAGCAGCUCCGUUCUAAAAGCCACAACCGGACCGGCACUUGAUAUCAUGUCUAUGCCCAUGCGACCUACUUCCCUCCUCGUGGCCAGUCUCGGCAACCCACCUCCAUACCACUCUACGCGGCACAGCGCAGCGCACUUGAUUCUGCGUCACCUCCAAGCCUCAAUGAACCUGCCCCAUUUCACAUCUAAGUCCAAACCCUAUGGCGGCGGACACAUAUCCGUUGGCGCAGAAGCAGGACGACCUGAAUUCACACUCUACCAAUCCUCUGUACAGAUGAACGUCUCUGGCCCACCAUUGCUCAAGGCCUGGAAACACUUCGCAGGCCUCCAAGACGUAGCAGCACGAACACCAGGCCUAGUAGUCCUGCAUGAUGAGAUGGAAACGCAACCUGGGUCCAUCAAGGUGCGCAGAGGAAAUGGCUCCGCAAAAGGACAUAAUGGGAUAAAGAGUGUACAACAGAGUUUCAGCGGUGGCGGCUUGCUAGACUCACUAGGCGACCGGUUCGUUAGGAUAGGAGUUGGGAUUGGACGACCUGCAGGUGGCAGUAGGACGAGCAACGAUGUUUCUGCAUAUGUGCUGGGACAGCUUACUGCAAGGGAGAAAGAUGGACUUGAAAGUGCGGCGAGUCAGGUUGAGAGUGUGCUGUAUCAGGAGCUGGCGAGGAUAGGUCAGAGCUAA